ACGGGGGGGAGGUCGCAUACCGACAGCCGAGCGAGAGAAACGGGAAAAUCUCUGCUCCUCAUCUGCGGAUCAAUGGAAGCGGGGGCAACGUAUGGACACGGCCGAUGUCCACCGGGCCGGGCGGUCGAUGCGUGAUGGCAGGUCGGACAUGCACGCUAAAACAGUGUAAUACCCCAGAUGGACGCCCUGUGUAAUGGAGCCAAGAAACCCGAGGGCUGCGAUCCCCUUGUAGACCCCCGGCCGCCUCCUGCCAAGCUGGCUCGACUGGAACAAAACGGAGCGGGACCCUCGACCCAGGAGAGGAGCAGUCAGGGGAGUCCUGUGGCCAAAAACCCCAGUCUGGCCCAGAAGCCCCCCGCAGCGAGGCCACAGAGCAAGAGCUUGCACAGCAAAGCGAGCCUGCUGCCCGUGUUCUGUGUGGUGGAGCACAAGGAAAGUCCCCCGGAGAGAGAGAGGAGAGAAGAACACGCAGAGUUCGUGUUGGUCAAGAGAGACCUGCUGUUUAACCAGCUGAUAGAGAUGGCCCUGCUGACACUGGGCUACUCACACAGCUCUGCUGCACAGGCCAAAGGUCUCAUCCAGGUGGGCAAGUGGAACCCCGUGCCUCUGUCCUGCGUAACCGACGCUCCAGAUGCCACGGUGGCUGACAUGCUGCAGGAUGUUCACCACGUCAUCACCCUUAAAAUACAGCUGCGCAGCUGUCCCAAAUUGGAGGACUUGCCUCCUGAGCAGUGGAGUCACUCCACAGUGAGAAACGCUCUGAAGGAGCUCCUCAAGGACAUGAACCAGAGCUCCCUGGCCAAGGAGUGCCCCCUUUCUCAGAGUAUGAUAUCAUCUAUUGUAAAUAGCACUUACUAUGCAAACGUCUCAGCUGCCAAGUGUCACGAGUUUGGUCGGUGGUACAAGCACUUCAAGAAGACCAAAUGCUACAAGGAGAUUGACAGCGCCUCUGACCAGUCCACACACAUCACGCUCACCCAGCAGUUCAUCCCGAGCAGCCCGGCCGAUCAAAGCUCAACCCUCUUUUUUACUCACGGCGAAGUGUCCAACAUAUGCGGCCGUUCCCCCCUCGGCCUGCGCCCUCCCGGGUUGGUAACGCAGCCUCUCAGCCCCCAAAUGGUCAACCAGCAGCUGGCGAUGGCCCAGUUCCUCAACCAGCAGUACGCUGUUAGCCGCAUGCUAGCUGGCCAGGGUCUCUCGGCCUCCACGCAGCAGUAUCUCAACCACCCGCCUGUAGGAAGGGCACCCCCCACCGCCAUGGUCUUCUCCAAGGCCCCUGAUUCCCAAGCCCCGCAGCAGGCGCAGUGCGGCCCGGGGGGAGGCGCUGCGGCCGGGCCGCAGACCCAGACGUCGGCUGGGUCUUCUGCGGGGCCGACGGACGUGCCAAGCGACAUCUACCACUGUGUGAGGGAGGAACUGAAGAGGGCCGGCAUCUCCCAAGCCAUCUUUGCCCGGGUGGCGUUUAACAGGACCCAGGGAUUGCUGUCAGAGAUUCUGCGAAAGGAGGAGGACCCUAAACACGCCUCCCAGUCGCUGCUGGUCAACCUGCGGGCCAUGUACAGCUUCCUGCAGCUGCCCGAGGGGGAGAGGGAGCGCAUUUACCUGGAGGAGAAAGACAGAAGCCUGACUGGAUUCACUCCAAGCUGCAAUAACACCCCACCGAGAUCCACACAGUCGAGACUGUCCCCAGUGACCGGAGACAUGGGGGUGCGGGCGGACAGCUGCGUUCUCAAUGUCAGCGCUUCCAUCUACGAGGACAUCCAGCACGAGAUGAAGAGAGCCAAGGUGUCUCAGGCGCUGUUUGCAAAGGUGGCCGCCUCCAAGAGUCAGGGCUGGCUGUGUGAGCUGCUGCGUUGGAGGGAGGAUCCCAACCCGGAGAACCGGACCCUGUGGGAGAAUCUGUGCAUGAUCCGCCGGUUCCUCAGCUUGUCCCAGGCUGAACGAGACGCCAUUUACGAACAGGAGAGCAGCAACACGACAGCACAGCAGCAGUGCGCUGACAGGCUUACACUGCUGAGCAAUGACAACACACUGUACCAACGCAGCUCUCCGCUGCCACAGCAACACCAUUUUCAACCGCAUCAACCCCUGCACCCGGAGGCAGGACCUCACCUGUCUCCACGGCAACCGUGUGCUGCGUCACCCGCCGAGUCUGAAGCGGGGAGCAACCGGGGCCAAGUGAGAGUACGUCUGCAAGGCCGGGCCUGCGAUAACGGCCAGAGAGUGGACAGUAAGGACUGGGUCGAGGGGGGACAGGGAGAGAGGAGCAGUUUGGGAGGGGAAUGGGGUUCUACUGGCAGCGUGAGGGACAAAGGUUCAGACAGCAAGGCGCACGUGAGGGACGGACGGCCGGGCAAAGAAGAGAUUACCGAGAUGAUGGGAGAAGAGGAGAAGGAGAAGUCCAUCAUGAAGUGGUGCGGUGUGAAGGACGAGGACCGAGGCAGGCUCAGGGAUCGUUCAGAUGCAGAUGACGAGGUCAAAGGUGCCGACGAGGUCCAAGACGAGGGGUUAAAAGUCUCCCGCGAGGCACUGGGGAUCUUGCAGAGCUUCGUUCAGGACGUGGGCCUCGACCCAGACGAGGAAGCCGUGCACACCUUGUCGGCUCAGCUCGGCCUGCCCAAACACACCAUCCGGAGGUUCUUCAACAGCCAGGAUCACAACCGGCAUCGACACCGCAGCCGGAGCCCAAAACUGGGUGGGGACAGGCGGCCCGCCGGCACGGACCCGAACCUCUCGCAGACGGACACAAGUGCAGAGGAACAGAAGGAGGGAGAAACAGAACGAGAGGCGGAACAAACAGUGAGAGAUGAGACUAGCAACAUUACCGUUUUGAAAGAAUCUGACAUUGGGACACAAACCGUCUGCCCGAUGAAGGAAGAGCAGGAGAGCUUCAUGUGACCCCCCCAGUCCAUGCAGGGGCACGCGAGCACUGACUCAACCGCUGCAGAAAGACUAAAAGCCGUACUUGUAUAUGUUUAUGCGACGGCUUCGUAGGACGCUGGUGAACAUCACUGUGAUGGUAUGUCCAUGAUGAUGUUGUAACACAUUGUUUCCAUGUACAUAAAUAUGAACAAACAGUCUCAGAAGAGUAAUUACAGUUGGUUGACUGAUCUAAAGUUUGAGAAAUGUUCACGCCAGAAAUGCCUUGUGGAAAGGCGCACCGCCGAUCGGUUUUCCUGUUUGUAAAUUUUCCAUUGUUUAUGUUUUUUUCGUUGUGUUUUUCAUCGUUCCUCAUUUUGAAUCGUUACCUUCAGGAAUCUCACUGUUACUGUACCGCACGUUGUUUUUUUGUAUUUAUAACAUUGUAUUAAAUAUCAAGUACCCUGAUUCUGUUUGAAAAGGAAUGAUCGUUGGAUUUUAAGAUCAUACAUAUACAGUGUUUGGAAUGAACCGUAUAAAGGGCCUCCUCUGCAUCUUUUACUGCAGCGCGCAAUCAAUCAAUCGGUGAAGCAUUGAGUUACCAAACAUCCAUAGAGUUUCUUCUACAAAUGAGUCCACCUUUAUUCCUAUUUCUCAACUUUAAUCGCAAAGAUCUAAUUUGCUCCAAAACACAUUAUAGUUUACAUACAGUGUUUCUAUUGAUGCAUGAAUCUAUAAAUCCCUCGAGUAGCUUUGCUAUUUCAGGGAGUGUUAUGUUGACACAUCUUGUGGUUUUCAUAUUGUACUGAUUUAAAAGCUACUGAUUUACAUGCUACUCAUUUAUAUGCUACUGAUUUAUAUGAUGUUGCAGAAGCACAAAGCGUGCUUUCAGGAGUGCACAAUGUUUAUUGUUCCUUGUUGAAGACGGAUUGUGGACUGGAGGAAAAUGACGGAAGCCGUGCAGUGUGUACGUGAAAUGUUAAACGACAGGUAUUUCAUUUGUAAAAAAAAAAAGAAAAAGGCAUUUCAUAAUUGUACUGUAUGUUCAUGACUUAAAUAUGUUAGAGUUACAAAUGUUUAUUUCACAUACAAUCUGUGCGAAAUAUAUUAAAAUGUUUGGAAAUGUCCAGAAGCUUGGACGAUCACGUUUAAUCCAAAAAAAAGUGGAAACUUUUGUCACACGUGAAAUCAAUUCGUUAUGAUUUUUUUUUUUUUUAAAUGUACUUUUAAAACCUCAUGUGAUAGAAUCUGCAAGAACACAGGCUGAGAUAGCUCGGAGGUAUAGUGCUAUUUUUGCUUUCUACUUCAUGACCAUGGUUGUUUAAGUAGCAAAAUAUCAGCGGACAACAUUUAAACUUUAGAAAUAUUGGUAUGGGUCGGCAACAAAGGGAAUUGGAUUUGGGACAGUGGAUGAGAUAUAACAUGCUAUAAAGACUUCUUGAAACAA